AUGUGCACAGACAAUAAGUCUGACGACCACGCAAGCAUCAGAGACGAUGAAACUGACAACCAGGCAAACAUCAGACACAAUGAAACUGACAACCAGGCAAGCAUCAUAGACAAUGAAACUGACAACCAGGCAAGCAUCAGAGAAAAUGACACUGACAACCAGGCCAGCAUCAGAGACAAUGAAACUGACAACCAGACAGGCAUCAUAGACAAUGAAACUGACAACCAGGCAAGCAUCAGACACAAUUUAACUGACAACCAGGCCAGCAUCAUAGACAAUGAAACUGACAACCAGGCCAGCAUCAGACACAAUUUAACUGACAACCAGGCCAGCAUCAGACACAAUUUAACUGACAACCAGGCAAGCAUCAGACACAAUGAAACAGACAACCAGGCCAGCAUCAGACACAAUGAAACUGACAACCAGGCCAGCAUCAGAGACAAUGACACUUACAACCAGGCAAUCAUCAGAGACAAUGACACUGACAACCAGGCCAGCAUCAUAGACAAUGAAACUGACAACCAGGCCAGCAUCAGAGACAAUGACACUGACAACCAGGCCAGCAUCAUAGACAAUGACACUGACAACCAGGCAAACAUCAGACACAAUUUAACUGACAACCAGGCAAGCAUCAGAGACGAUGAAACUGACAACCAGGCCAGCAUCAGAGACAAUGAAACUGACAACCAGACAGGCAUCAUAGACAAUGAAACUGACAACCAGGCAAGCAUCAGAGACAAUGAAACAGACAACCAGGCCAGCGUCAGACACAAUGAAACUGACAACCAGGCAAGCAUCAGACACAAUGAAACAGACAACCAGGCCAGCGUCAGACACAAUGAAACUGACAACCAGGCAAGCAUCAGAGACAAUGACACUUACAACCAGGCCAGCAUCAUAGACAAUGAAACUGACAACCAGGCAAGCAUCAGACACAAUGAAACAGACAACCAGGCCAGCGUCAGACACAAUGAAACUGACAACCAGGCAAGCAUCAGAGACAAUGACACUUACAACCAGGCCAGCAUCAGAGACAAUGAAACUGACAACCAGGCAAGCAUCAGACACAAUUUAACUGACAACCAGGCCAGCAUCAGACACAAUUUAACUGACAACCAGGCCAGCGUCAGACACAAUGAAACUGACAACCAGGCAAGCAUCAGACACAAUGAAACAGACAACCAGGCCAGCAUCAGAGACAAUGACACUGACAACCAGGCCAGCAUCAGAGACAAUGACACUGACAACCAGGCCAGCAUCAGACACAAUUUAACUGACAACCAGGCCAGCAUCAGACACAAUUUAACUGACAACCAGGCCAGCAUCAGACACAAUUUAACUGACAACCAGGCCAGCAUCAGACACAAUUUAACUGACAACCAGACAGGCAUCUGA